UGGCCGUCGUCACGUGGCAGCACCUGUCCCCGUUUCCCCUUCGCGCGCCUGUCUGCGCGUGCGCGAAGUAUGGCGGAGACCGGUGCCUGGUUCCUGGUGCUCAGCGCCGUGUUCCUCUGCAACGCGCUCAAGAUCCUCCUGCCCUCCUGCUCCUCCAUCGUGAGUGGCGUCAGCGCCCCGCCCCGCCCGGCGGCCAUAUCCAAACUGUUGCAAAAGGAUGCAGAGCAGGAGUCCCAAAUGAGAGCUGAAAUUCAGAACAUGAAGCAAGAACUCUCAACCAUUAGUAUGAUGGAUGAGUUUGCUAGAUAUGCCCGUCUGGAAAGAAAGAUUAACAAAAUGACUGACAAGCUUAAGACUCAUGUGAAAGCACGAACUGCCCAAUUAGCCAAAAUAAAGUGGGUUAUAAAUAUUGUAUUCUACGUCUUGCAAGCUGCCCUGAUGAUCUCUCUCAUUUGGAAAUAUUAUUCUGAGCCAGUUACAGUUCUUCCAAGCAAAUGGCUCGCACCAUUGGAGCGCUUGGUAGCCUUUCCUACAGGCGUGGCAGGUGGUGUUGGAAUUACAUGUUGGCUUGUGGUUUGUAAUAAAGUUGUAGCUAUCAUGCUACACCCUUUCAGCUGAAGAAAUCCCCGUAGUACAUGGAUUCUAAACUACAUUACUGCGGUACAAAAACACUUGUUUUUCAUGAUGGACCAGGUUGGAGAUACUUUUUGUUACUUCAGUUGGAUGUUGGGCAGUAUUGGUUUUACUUUCUUUCAUUUGUUUUUCGGUUUUGUGAUCAACAGUUUUCAAAGAGCAGCAUUGCUAUUUAUAAAAACUCAUUUUGACAAGUAUAAACACUGAUUGGUGGCAGAAUCUUAAGGCUUUGUCGUAACAUAUUCACAAAGGUCUUAAAGUGUUCUAUUUUUAUAACUGUUAAGUUGGACAUGCACUGGCAUUAGUAAUUAUUUUUGGAGCUUUGCUCUUUUGCUCUUUCUUUACUGUGUAAUAUGGCAGUUUCACCCAAAGAUGUGAUUCCACUUGGUGACAAGUGGUAUUAAAUCGAAAUAGGUAGUUUGGUUGGUUUAGAGUAAAACAGAAUUAUUAUUAUUUUUUUUAAACACUAGAAUUAGGGUAUUCUCAGACUCUCUUAGAAAAUAUUAGUGAUAUAUAUGCAGAAUCAACUUCUUAUAUCUUAAGUGAAUUUCUCAAUUGCCAAAUGCAGGUCAGCUGGCCACUUCAACAUUUUUUUUUAAAUUCCUCACGGAAUAAAAAAUUUUAAAUUCCUUGUGGAAUUUUAAAAUUCAUUGAACACUUGAUUUUAUUUUUUUUCCCCUACUUUUACUACUAACUGACCUUUCUUUCCUUGACAUAUUUUGUACUUCCCAAAUGGAGCAAAUACUGCUGAGAGUAUUUCCUUCCAUGUUUGGGGAAAAAAGGUCCAACCAACCUCCCAAGCUCCAUGUUAGGAAAAUAGAAGACAGCUCUGUUUCUGCAGAGAACUACAUCCCUAGGGCUUCAGCAUACAUUAAUGAUAGUAAUUCCUCCUAGUACCACAGCUAUACAACAAAAAAGCUGCGUUAACUUCUUUGCUAUCUGCAACCCUACUGUCGCUGUCCCAGAAGACAAAGCCAACUUUAAAAAGUUCUGUAAUACCUCCUUGGACAUAAGCUUGAACAAAGCUCUCUGUGGACACUCUUCCCUCUUCUUUUGGGCUUUGGGGAUUCUGGCUUAGGUCCCGCUCCAUACAGUGUUGUGUUGUUUCAGGUUCUUUGCCUUGCUGCAGGAGGGGACUAGCGUGCAUCCAUAUAAUUAGCACUGCAUUUAGAAUUAAUUCCAAAAGUCAUUAUAUAUAUCUAUCAUAUUUUCUGCAUGUCUGUGUGUAUGUAUAUAUCCAUUAAAUGUUUUUUUCUUAAAUGUUAUUUAAAAACUAAUUUGUUUUUAUAUUAGGAAUUGCAUUUAGCCAACAGUAAAGUGAAGGCAUAAAAUAUCAACAAGAAAAAAAGUCAAGAUUGAAUCUGUUAUGUGUAAUUGUGUUUUUAUUAAUGAAAUAAAGUUUUUCAGCCCACUUCA